AUGAUGCAACCACCAACCUGCCAGGGCCUGCGCAUCCGGUCUACCAACGAUGCCCUCGUCGUCUUCCAUGGUGUCGCGCUCGGCAUGCUACACAUGGUCACUCGCCGCCUCGACACAGACGAGCGACGCGCCAUCUCCUCAGGAUGUGUCUACGUCUGGGAGGAGCGCGGCCCUAACGCAGAGGCCACUGGUUUAGGCAUCGAGCGAUGGACGGAUUCCAUCCAAUGGGGUCCUAGCCGAGUUAGAGACGAAUUCCUCUUCUACCACGAACGCAGGCCCACACAGCCUGACGUGGACAGCCUGACAUCGGACUCGGACUCAACAACACCCACCAUCCGCAGGGCCUACAGCAGGCCUUCUCUGAUCAAGCAGACCUACUCGGUUUUUGUGGAUACACACAGGGGCCGGAGGAAAUGGCAUCUCAUUGCGUACUUCACACAAGAAACACUCGAUCAGCUAUACACUAUUGAUAACCAUCCCCUGCAUCCCGGCCUCGCCAGCUUGCGUGUCCCAGCAGGAAUGUACACAAGCGCCCGGUCGUCCAAAACCCGACCGAAGGAGCCGCUGUCAUAUUUGGAUUCACUUUCGCCUGUCUACCCCCAGGUGGAGCGUGCGGUGCCACAGAGGCCCCCUCACUACGCACGAAACUUCGACAUUCUUGCCCCAUUGGAAUACCUCAAGACUCUGCCGCCUCCAAGACGCCAUCUCGUUGACGAAAUGCAGUUAAACUCUCUUUCGGCGACGUUUGUCCCUGACCAGUUCUCUCCAACAUGUCUACUAUCUGGAAACUCUAGGGUCUCGUGGUGA